AAUUCAAGAGCAAAUUUAGCCAAAUUCCUUUCCAGAUUAUCAAUUUCAUUCGAGAUAUUUUGAAGAUAUUUCUUGCAUUGAUAAAAGAGAAGGUAAGUUUUUGUCCGGACUCAGAAGCUGUCUGCUUCUGUCUUCAUCACCCACGGCCAUGGAUACAUUAUCUCAAAGUAGCCUUUCGAUUGUUCUGUUCUCUGCAGUUUCAACAUUGAACACAUACCCGCUCUAUAUUCUCUCAUCCGUUCAUGUUGAUUUUUGUAUGCAAACUGAAUUAUAUAUUUAUAGAACCAAGAAGCUUUAAGAGUGAUUUCAAAUGCCUAGCAAAGAGCUCCAGUGGUAGGACUGUUGAGAAGUAUAAACGUGAGGCUCUUUAUAUUGACAAACAUGGCAGAUGGAGAAGCUUUGAUCGCAAAAAAUUGUCAAGGAAACGAUGUGGUUCUUUAAGGGGACAAGGAUGGAAAUAUGGAUCUGGGUUUGUUGAUGGGAUUUUUCCAGUGCUAAGUCCCACUGCACAGCAAAUUUUCAACUUUAUACAGAAGGAAGUUGAUGUCAAUAGUGUUUGGGCUGCUCUUGAUACUCUUCCUGCCAGCCAUGACAUAUGGGAUGAUCUUAUUAAUGUAGCUGUUCAACUUCGAUUGAAUAAACAAUGGGAUCUAAUUUUGUUGAUAUGCCAAUGGAUAGUGUACAGGAGCUCCUUCCAGUCAGAUGUUAUGAUAUUCAAUUUGGUCAUAGAUGCCUAUGGGCGAAAGUCACUGUACAGGAAGGCAGAAUCUGCAUAUUUUGAACUUCUUGAAGCCAGAUGUGUUCCUACUGAAGACACUUACGCACUUCUUCUAAAAGCAUACUGCAUGUCUGGACUACUUGAGAAAGCUGAAGCUGUCUUUGCUGAGAUGCGAAAGUAUGGCCUUCCUCCAAGUGCCAUUGUAUACAAUGCAUAUAUUGAUGGGCUAAUGAAAAGUGGGAACCCUCAAAGAGCAGUAGAGAUCUUUCAGAGAAUGAAAAGAGAUUGCUGCCAGCCAUCUACUGAAACUUAUACGUUGUUGAUCAACUUACAUGGAAAGGCAAGUCAAUCUUACAUGGCCUUGAAGUUGUUCAAUGAAAUGAAAACUCAAAAAUGUAAACCAAAUAUCUGCACAUACACUGCUUUGAUGAAUGCAUUUGCAAGGGAGGGACUUUGUGAGAAGGCUGAGGAAAUUUUUGAGCAGCUGCAAGAAGAUGGCCAUGAACCUGAUGUUUAUGCUUAUAAUGCACUCAUGGAAGCAUACAGUCGUGCAGGCUUUCCAUUUGGAGCUGCUGAAAUAUUUUCACUCAUGCAGCACAUGGGAUGUGAACCUGAUAGAGCUUCAUAUAACAUCAUGGUAGAUGCCUAUGGAAGAGCUGGUCUUCAUGAGGAUGCUCAAGCUGUAUUUGAAGAGAUGAAAAGACUAGGAAUUACCCCAACAAUGAAAUCACACAUGCUACUUUUAUCUGCCUACUCAAAAGCUGGAAACGUAACAAAAUGCGAAGAAAUUGUGAAUGAGUUGCAUGAAUCUGGGCUUGAGCCAGAUACGUUUGUACUCAAUAGUAUGCUGAAUCUGUAUGGCAGACUAGGUCAAUUUGAAAAGAUGGAAGAAGUUUUAACUGUAAUGGAAAAGGGUCCUUAUGAGACUGAUAUCAGCACAUACAACAUCCUUAUCAAUAUAUAUGGGCGGGCAGGAUUUUUCGACAAGAUGGAAGACCUUUUUCAAUCACUUGAUACCAAAAGUUUGAAACCAGAUGUGGUGACUUGGACUUCAAGGUUAGGAGCCUACUCUAGAAAGAAACUGUAUACGAGAUGCUUGGAAAUUUUCGAAAAGAUGAUUGAUGCUGGAUGCCAUCCAGAUGGAAGAACUGCCAAAGUACUUCUCUCAGCAUGUUCAAACGACAACCAAAUUGAACAGGUUACUAAUGUAAUUAGAACAAUGCACAAGAAUAUGGAUAAUGUUCUGCUGCCUGUUUGAUUGUUGCUUUAUGUUAGGAAUUGGGACUUAAUUGUAAUUACAAGAAUGUAUGAUGGAUUUGCUUAGUUGUCAAGUAUGCUUAUGUGAUAGUCUAUAAUCGAGAUACAAAUAAUGAUGUAUAUAGAUGAUAAAUGGAAGUUGUGAAUAAUAUUACAAAUUUCCAUAUU